CACCAACCGCGCCGCGCCUGCGCGCAUGCGCAGAAGGAUGAGCGUUCUCCCGGCCGGCGGCCCCGGCGCAGGCGCGCGCCGCUGGCGGGCGGGGCAGAGGUCAGGGGUGAGGGGUUAGCUCCUGCCCGGCGGCAGCAUGGCGGGUGAUGGUGGUGGCGCGGCGGCCGAGGAUGGGGGGCCGCCGACCCCGGCGCGGGUUCUCUUCCCGCCGACCUUCAGUGUGUCCGAGAUCAAGAACAAGCAGCGGCGGCACUUCAUGUUCCUUCGCUGGAAGCAGCAGCAGAGGAAGGAGAAACUCGCCGCCAAGAAGAAGCGGAGAAAAGAGCGAGAAGCCCUCGGAGACAAAGCACCUCCAAAAGCCAUACCAAAGACUAUUGAAAAUCAGAGAGUGUAUGAUGAAACAACUGUAGAUCCAAAUGAUGAAGAGGUUGCUUUUGAUGAAGCAACCGAUGAAUUUGCACCAUACUUCAACAGACAGACAGUUCCCAAAAUUCUUAUUACAACAUCAGACAGACCUCGUGGGAGAACAGUGAGAUUCUGUGAACAACUGUCUUCUGUUAUACCUAACUCACAUGUCUACUAUCGAAGAGGACUGGCUUUGAAAAGAAUUAUUCCACAGUGUAUUGCAAGGGACUUCACAGAUUUAAUCGUCAUUAAUGAAGAUCGCAAAAUACCAAAUGGUCUUGUUUUAAGUCAUCUGCCUGAUGGUCCAACGGCGCAUUUUAGAAUGAGUAGUGUCCGGUUGCGUAAAGAAAUAAAGCGAAAAGGGAAGGAGCCCACAGAACACGUACCUGAAGUAAUCCUGAAUAAUUUUACAACACGACUCGGCCAUUCUAUUGGUCGCAUGUUUGCCUCUCUCUUCCCACAUGAUCCUCAGUUCAUUGGAAGACAAGUAGCUACAUUUCACAACCAGCGAGACUACAUCUUUUUCAGAUUCCACAGAUAUAUCUUCAAGAGUGAAAAGAAAGUAGGAAUUCAAGAACUUGGGCCACGUUUUACAUUAAAGCUGAGGUCUCUUCAAAAAGGAACCUUUGAUUCCAAAUUUGGAGAAUAUGAAUGGAUUCAUAAGCGACGAGAAAUGGACACAAGUAGAAGAAAAUUUCACUUAUAGGGGACAGUUAUCUGCCAAUUGCUGGUGGCCAGAAAUACAACAAUUGCUUUGAACUAUGGAUUAUCUCAGACUCCUAAUGAAUGAUGAUGAUACUGAACAGUAUCCGUCUGCGGAUGCAAACAUUUAAACUCUACAGGAGCACAUCAAGUAGGAUGCAUCUUUCUUCCUAUGUUUGUAGCUAAUCCAACAUGGCAAGGACAGUGACUCUUUUCCAGUUUAGCAGGGAAAACUAUGGCAGUGUCGGAGCAGCCUGUAAUCUAGGUAUCACUGAAGAUUUGCCAUGACUGCUGCUGUGCUGUAGAGAUAGAUUACACUUUGUAACAUCAAAGACAGUAAAUAUUUUGGUUAAAGAUAUUCUCAAAAUAAAAUAUUUCUUGUUAUAUAGCUUUUUAUUUUUUUUCUGUUCAGCAGCUAAACCCUGUUGUCUUUCAGAAAAUCGGUUAAGAGAGAAAUAUUUUAAACCUCUUUCUAACUUAAAGUAUGGUGAUAGUUUUCCAAAAAUAGUCUCCUAUCUAGAGAACACUGAGAAGGCUGUAUGCAAUCCAGCAUUGACCAAGGAAGUCUGUGGUAUUUUAUGUCAUGAACAUCUUGCAUAAGACAGCUAUGUUGCUGAAGUUACAAGAACAUGUUUGACUCUUAAAGGUAUCUCUUCUGUACAUUUCCUAUUUAGAAGAGGUGUAUACCCAAAGCAGUUGAAAAGAAAUAAACAACAAUGGGAAAGAAUUCAUAAGGCCAGCUUACAGGAAGUACAUAAAGCAGUCUCAUCUAAAAAUGCUGCUCAGGUGAACAUGUGAGGUCUCUGAGCAGGGUUUUCCCCAUUAAAAUCUUAAAAAUGGUUCUUCAGCCUCAUAGCUAUGUUCAAAUUGGUAUUAUCUAUAGAAUAAACUACUGUUCUGCCUUAAGUUUUGCAUGUUCACUGGCAGCUAAAAAAAUGUUUUCUUUGAAUUGCCUUUUCAUAUGCAGCUAUAGUAAGAGUUUUUUCAUAUUCAUCUAAAGAGUCAGAUGGCUCAUACAGUAAGGCAUCUAUUAGGGUAGAACUACUCUUUAAGAUAAAGAAUAAUUAAGUUACUCUUUGUCUUGAUUUGAUGUCUGUGAUAUGGCACAGGCUGUAUAGUUGAAUUAUAAACAGCCUUUUUUUUUUUUUCUUUUCUGUUAUGCUUCUGAGUAUAGUAUUGAUGAAUACUCAUUGUUCUGUAAGACCCCA